UGGCCAAAUUUUGCACCUUCCAACGCGUCAAUUAGUCCAAUAGAGACGCGCGUUUUAGUUUUAUCACUUCUUAUUAGUCUAUAUAUAACCGUAUGAUGCCAUUUCCAAAACAUAGUUCUCAAUAUAUCUUCAGCACUUCUCAUUACAUAUACAUACAAAAAGAGAAAAAGAGAAAAACCUUUGUUUAUAACCAUGUCUUUCUCAAACAAACUAUCAUUGGUUUUAUUACUUUCUUCUUUUCUCAUCCAUGCAUCUUUUGGUGAGAUGGUCUGCGAGGAUUUGCCGAAAGAAGUGUGUACUUUCUCAAUAGCUUCGUCUGGGAAGAGGUGUUUGUUGGAGACGGAGAAAGGAAUCAACGGUGAAAUUGAGUAUCAAUGCAGAACAUCUGAAGUUGUGGUGGAGAGAAUGUCGGAGUAUAUAGAGACAGACCAGUGUGUGGGAGGAUGUGGUGUUGAUAGAAGUUCUGUUGGUAUUUCAUCUGAUGCUUUCUUUGAGCCACAAUUCACCGGCAAGCUUUGUUCACCAGCUUGUUAUGAGAAGUGUCCUAACAUUGUUGAUCUUUUCUUCAACUUGGCUGCUGGAGAGGGAGUGUUUUUGCCGGAACUGUGUGAGAAACAUAAGAGCAACCCUCGUCGUGCUAUGGUUGAGCUUGUGAGCUCUGGAGCUGCAUUUGGUCCAGUUUCUGCUGUUUCUGAGGACUUUGUGGUGGCACCUGCACCUUCUGCUCUUUGAUUUUGGAGAAUGAGUGUAAACUUGUAUGUUCCUACUAUGUUACUACUAUAUUAGAGGAUAUAUAGAGGGAAAUAACAGGAUUUCUUUUUAUGGAAUUUGUUUUCAUCAAUGUAAUGAUUAGGCUAUAUUGAGCAAAUUAUUGUUUUAUUUGAA